AAUGAGGAUGUACGGUGUGUGUGUGACGUCACGGGCGCUCAGGUGUGGCACGCCUGGAGGAAACAGGUAGAAGAGUUGUUGCUGUCCGUGUCUCUGCAGCUCAGACUCAUCGUGUCCUCAGAAACAGAUCCUGCAGCAGAGGAAGAGACGAGCAGCUGAGCUCUGUUUGGUCUGAGGAAGGAAACGUGCUGCAGGAAAAACCAAUUGAGGAACUAUAAUUAUCUUCAAGAGCCUCCGUCCUCCUCUCGUCUUUCUGCCGACCUCUCAGGGACGGAGGGAGAAGACAGCGGGUUGUCUGGGAAAAGGAAACAUGGAGGAAUGAAAACAUAGACUUUAAACCGAGAGUGUAUGAGCACGUGCACACUGAGCAGUUUGAGUGAGUUCACAGGAUCCAGCUGUUUGUUUGUCUCUUAGUUGAUUUCUAUGCGCUCGGGAUCGAGCGGAGUCAUCGAAGGUUCAGGACUGUGGCAGCGAUGGGCGACAUGGACAUCGAGCAGCUGGAGCCGCUGCCCGUGGACCGAGAUGGGAGGCAGCUGAGGAGCGAGGGGGACCAGCCCGACGGCCUCAGGAAGCCGGGGUGCUGCGAGAAGUUCCAGCAGUCCGUCUCCAAGUGGAUGCUUCCGGAAGACCUGCGCAGCAAGUACCUGGAACGUACCAACUGCUGCCCGCCCCCCAUCUUCAUCAUCCUCAUCAGUAUCGGAGAGUUGGCCGUGUUUAUCUACUACGCCGUGUGGAAACCUCAGAAGCAGUGGGUGACCCUGGACGAAGGCAUCUGGAAGAGCCCCCUGUCCUACAAGCCUGAGAACAGACAGGAAGCAUGGCGAUUCGUCUCCUACAUGUUUGUUCACGCAGGUGUGGAGCACAUUCUGGGGAACCUGGUGAUGCAGCUGCUGCUGGGAAUCCCACUGGAGCUGGUCCACAAAGGGUUUGAAGUGGGGAUGGUUUACCUUGCUGGAGUCCUGGCUGGCUCUUUGGCCAGCUCCAUCUUUGAUCCUCUCAGUGCGCUGGUGGGGGCCUCAGGGGGCGUCUACGCACUAAUAGGAGGUUACUUUAUGAAUGCAGUGGUGAAUUUCCGAGAGAUGAUUCCUCUCCUCGGAGUGGCUCGUAUCCUCGUCAUAGUGAUCAUUGUCGGCACAGAUUUUGGAUUUGCCUUCUACAGAAGAUUUGUCAAUGAUGAGGCUGGAAUGAGGGUUUCCUUUGUGGCUCAUUUCGGUGGAAUCGUGGCGGGGAUGACCAUCGGCUACGUCUUCUUCAGCGCUUACAACAAGAAGCUGCUGAAGGACCCACGUUUCUGGCUGUGCAUCGUGGGCUAUGCCGUCUUUGUCAUCUUUGCCGUGCUCUUCAAUAUCUUUCUAUCACCAGCGCCGUAGGACCAUAACACUGUGGCUUUUUAAAAACACUAAACGUCUUUUUGUUACACAGAGGAAGUCGUUUUUUGAAAAAUUGCUUCGCAGAGAUUUUGUGAAUCUAAUUUUUUUUUUUGUUCAAAUUGAAAGGUGCCCCCUACUGUUUUUGUGCUGAGUUGCAACAUGCAUGUGUUAUUUCAGACAAAGUUGAUAAUGAAAUGUGCCUUUUUAAAGUGUUUGAUCCGAUAUGUCUCUUUUUACAAAUAUGUUCCUCGGUCUAUUUAGUUUUUAGAUUUUAGAUCUUUUUGUUGAUAGUAAUGAACUCACUGAUCAUUGUCAUCAUUUCCUUUAAUAGGAAAUAACAGCCAUACUAUUGUGGAAAAAUAAUUAGCUGUUAAUCAUUUUCUUUGUUGCCUCUUAGGGACUUCCAGUAUUCCUGAGCAUGUGCCUUAAACGUGGGGACACCCCCACCACCACCACCAUAUGAAGCAUUAGAUUUAUGAAAGAUCAUUUGUUGGGACGUGUUGAUCACUUCAUGUUUGACGACACUAACGAGAAGAAAGUGUUUACGCAUACGUCUCAGGUACAAGGGACGAAUGUCUAAAAUGGUGGUAUUUCCUUUUCCUUAACAACUUAUUUACCGUCAGGCCUUGGCUCAAUGCAGCGUCAUAGUUUUAGUCACAUCCUGUUGAAAGGAAGUCGGUUAUUACUGUAUGUGUGGAGCUGAUUAAUUUUCCUUACAAUACAAAUUUGUUUAAAACAAACAUCCAGCUAGUUUAUCUCGUCAGGACUACAUGUAA